UUGAGAGGCGCUCCGCUGUGGGUUGCUCAUCCCACCUGGAGGGCGCGCUCUGCCGCCCGCUGCCGGGGAGCGGUGGGUCUCCGUCCUUGUGCCCCACCAGCCGUGUCGGUGGAUCAGCUGCUCCAACCGGUCGCCACCAAACUUGAACGCCGUGCGCCAGGCCAUGGCCUGGUGGGAGGGAGCGCCGUGCGGUUUAUUGUCGGUCUAAAGCCGGGUUCGGUGCCGUGUCGCCCGUACUCGCUGCAACUCCAGCCCGGGGCUUGGGCUGGGCCUCCCUGUGUCCUUUAAAACUACACUUGACGGAUACCAUCAAAGGAUUUAGAAGCAAAAUGUCGAUAAUGGUCUUAAAGAAGAAACAACCUAAAACCUUCAAAGUUAAGGUUAUUACCAUGGAUGCAGAAAUGGAGUUCAGCUGUGAGGUGAAAUGGAAAGGAAAAGACCUCUUUGACUUGGUGUGUAGAACAAUUGGAUUGCGAGAAACUUGGUUCUUUGGUCUACGAUACAUCGUAAAAGAUACUUCUGCAUGGUUAAAAAUGGAGAAAAGGGUGUUGGAUCAAGAGGUUCCCAAGGAGGAUCCAAUUACAUUUCACUUCCUAGCCAAAUUUUAUCCUGAGAAAGUGGAAGAAGAACUUGUCCAAGAAAUCACCCAGCACCUUUUCUUCCUGCAGGUGAAAAAACAGAUUUUGGAUGAGGAGAUUUACUGUUCCCCCGAGGCUUCCGUGCUGCUGGCAUCUUAUGCUGUUCAAGCAAAGUAUGGAGACUAUGAUCCAAAUUUUCAUAAACCUGGUUUCCUGGCUCAAGAUGAACUAUUGCCAAAAAGAGUUCUUAAACAAUACCAAAUGACAGCAGACAUGUGGGAAGAAAAGAUAACUGCCUGGUAUGCUGAGCACAGGGGAAUCGCCAGAGAUGAAGCUGAGAUGGAAUAUUUAAAGAUUGCCCAGGACCUAGAGAUGUACGGAGUAAAUUAUUUCCCAAUCACACAAAAUAAAAAGGAUACUGACUUGCUACUUGGAGUUGAUGCACUUGGUCUUCAUAUCUACAUCCCUGACAACAAGCUAUCAUCUAAGAAGUCAUUCGCAUGGAGUGGAAUCAGAAACAUUUCCUACAGUGAGAAAGAGUUUACUAUCAAACCCUUGGACAAAAAGGCAGAGGUUUUCAAAUUUUACUCAUCGCAGCUCCGUGUGAAUAAAUUGAUUUUGCAGUUAUGCAUUGGAAAUCAUGACCUGUUCAUGAGAAGGAGAAAAGUAGAUUCAAUUGAAGUUCAGCAGAUGAAAGCUCAAGCCAGAGAAGAAAAGGCUAGAAAAAAGAUGGAACGCCAAAGGUUAGCCAGAGAAAAAAAGUUGAGGGAAGAGGCUGAACGAGCAAAAGAAGAUUUGGAGAGACGACUGUACCAAUUACAGGAUGAGUCUAGACUAGCAAAUGAAGCACUGAUACGAUCAGAGGAGACUGCUGACUUACUUGCUGAGAAGGCACAAAUUGCAGAGGAGGAGGCCAAGUUGCUCGCUCAGAAAGCUGCAGAGGCAGAGCAGGAACGACAAAGGUUGGAGGUCACAGCCCUGAAGACGAAAGAGGAGAAGCGUCUAAUGGAACAGAAGAUGCGAGAAGCAGAGUUGAUAGCUGUUAAGCUUGUGGAGGAAUCAGAGAGGAGAUCUAAGGAAGCAGAACAGCUAAAACAAGAUCUAAAUGAAGCUCGAGAAGCAGAGAGAAGGGCCAAGCACAGACUGCUGGAGAUUACAAAACCCAGUUAUCCGGUUAUUGCUUCAUAUUCAGCUCAUCCCCCUGCUGAUGUUGGUGAUCUUAACUUAGAAUCUGGAUCUUUUAAAUUUGACUUCAAGGACACUGAUAUGAAGCGACUAUCCAUGGAGAUAGAACGAGAACGUGUUGAAUACAUGGAAAAAAGCAAACACCUACAAGAGCAGUUGAAGGAACUCAAAACUGAAAUUGAAGCUCUGAAAUUAGAGGAACGACAUGCUAACAUGGGCAUCCCUACCAGUGAGACAAUGGAAUUUUCUGAUAAUGCUUACACACCACUCAGUAAUCUUAAUCUGCAGAGUGUAACUGCAAAGACACAAGUGGCCUUUUUGGAAGAACUCUAAAAUGCACAAAACUGUCUGGUCCGCUCAUGAGUUUGAUCUACCUGCAUUCCAGAGCCAGGAACUGAAUUUAGCACAAUGUUUUUAAUGAACUUCAGCAAUUUGUUUUAUGAAAGAGAUUAAUUCUGCUUGAAAUUACAGAUAUAACAAUUUGCACACUGGCAAAGACUAGUGUAUUUAAGUCACUGAGCAUAUAUAGUCACACUAAAUGGGAAAUAUUACUAAUGAUUCCCAGUUAUAACACUAAAUAUUAGUGCCUUUGCUGUUUAUAUUAAAAAUACCUGUAGACUAAUGGAAUCCUUUUACGCUUCAAUCAGGAUAUUUAGCUGUCCAUAUUAAAAAGAAAAUGUUAUUUAUUCAUAAGUUUUCAAAAACAUGGACCUGUUUGCUGAUUUCACCCAACUUACUCCUCUGUCAUUGUUUUAUCAUUAUUUUCACUACUCAAAGGAAAAUCUGAAGUGGUGAAGCUUCACUAAACUACAUUUGUAGCUAGGUUAAUAUUAGUGGUAACGGUCAGUGAUAUUUAAAUGAUAAUAGUAUGAAUGCACCAGAAUACAAGAUAUUCAUAUACACCAUUUUAAUUAAAUUGAGUUUUUAUAAUUCAAAUAUUGAACGUGUGACCAAACCUACAAACAAGUCCACAUGGGGUGCAUUGGAUUGGUGGUUACACAAAUAUGGGCAACAAUCCAAACUCGAAAUUCUGGUAUAAAAUCAGAAUCCGUCUUUCUUGUAAGAGCCUUAUUUUGUUUAUUAUACUAACCUUCUAGACAUGAUGGAUGUGACACUAUUUUUCAUGCAUAUCCUUUAUUCCUUAAAAAUUGCAUCUUAUUCUUAAAAGUUCUGUUAGAUGAAGAGCUAUAAAAAGAGGAAUAUACAAACAAAAAUUGUAAAAGGAUUGUGAAAAGGAUUCAAGCAGGUUUGCAUGAUUUCCAUAUGUGGACUUUGCACAAUAAUUUGCUGGUUUCCAAUCAAUUGUUUAAUGGAGGGAAGUUUAUAUAAAAAAAACAACUGGCUCCUGGUCCAUUCAAACAUACUGGAUAUGUAGUUCUGCAUUUCUACUAAGGAAUGUGUUUCUCUGCAAAGGUUCAAUGAUGAGAAUAUGUUCAUCCGUAACCAAGAAUAAUCAUGGUUUUAAAAACACAAAAUGCUGUAAAUACUUGUCAGGUCAGGAUACCUCUGUGGGAAGAGAAUCAAAGUGAAUGUUUCAUAUUGGACCCUUUGUCAAAACUGGAAGAUGGAGAACAUUUUGCAGUUCUGAUGAAAAGUCUUUGAGCUGAAAUGUCAACUUCUACUCUUUCCGCAGAUGCUGCCUGACUUACUGAGUGUUCCCAGCAUAUUCUGGUUUUAUUUCAAAUUUCCAGCAUCUGCAGUUUUUGAUUUUUGUGAUCAGGGGGUUUUGUUGUGAAUGGUGGAAAAUUAACGUGGGAAAGAUCUCUGCAGCUUUUGAAAUUCCAAGAUUCUUUAAGGAGAAGAGCCAUUUUUAUUUCACAAGGAAAAACAAAAGACUGCCUAUUUGAGUGGUUUGAUGUGAAUUUUCUUUAUCAAAAGUAGCUGGAACAUUUAGAAGGUCCACACUCAUUGUUUUAGAAAUAUUAGCAGCAAUGUGAGAAACCGAUUUGCUUGUUUAAAUUUCACCUGAACUUUAUUUUCCUAUAUAAUUGGUACUCUUUUGUACAGCUUACAAUGCCAAGUUAGCUUUUUCUCAGAAGAAAUGAGGAUUAAAAAUACAUGCUUUGAUUUAAUUACUUUCUUGAAGAUGUUGUUUCGACAAAACUAAGCAUAUAAACAGGCUGACUGAAGUUUUAUUGUGUAUUUUUUCAUUGACUAUUUUUUCAUAAACAAUAUUUAGUAAAAGAUGUUUGUGUUUGUGCCAUUGAAAUUGAUAUAAAAACCACGUUUAAUGAGGGAGCAUCCUUUUUUGAUAACCUGCUAGUAGCAUUUUUCCCAAAAACUCAUAUCUAACUUUUUUCUCAGUUUAAUAUUCAGAAUCAACAGAUAAUGUGACUUUCAUAAUGAAUUGGUAGGUGAGUGCAUCACAUUGGCUGGUACUGAGCCUUGUAGGAUAAAGGUAUCACUUCUGUGCUUUAGUGUGCUAGAAUUAGAUAUGGUGCUCCAAGGUAGAGUCCAACCAGGGAUUUUUGACAAAAGUGCUGGAAUUCCACAUCUGUAUAUUAGUAUUGGUAUCUGUAAAGUUGAAACAUAUUAAUGUUUUAGGUUUAACCCUUUGUAGAUGGUUUAGUGACACAAUAUGCAUUGAGCAUGUAUGGGUCCUGGGUUGAACUUGUGGCUGAAGGUGGUAACAACUAAGAUGUUGGGGUGUGACGUUGGCUUCUUCACUAACUGUGGGGUAGCCAAAGGAUCAUUUAAAAAAAAAUCAGGAUCCAGCUUUAUACCUGUCAACAUUAUUGAAAGACAGGUUUGUGUUGAUCCUAAUUACUGAAAUAUAUUGAAUGAAACAUCUGGAUACAGUACAGGAGCACCUUGUUCAAGGGAGACAAUUGAGGAAGUUAGGUAAACACACAAAGACAUGAAACAUGCCAUUAACAUGAAAUUAUAAGAAUAUUAUUUUUGAGCAUGCCAAGGAUUUCCAUGAACACAGUCACUGGGAUACAUAUUUGGUUUGGUCAUAUUAUUAAAUAUGAUGGUAUCAGCUGCCUACUUUACCAACUACAACUACUCUCAAUAUUUGGUUCCACUGAGGUCACUUUGACUAAAGAUGCAUUUUUAUCACAUCAAUUUUAUGAGAUGCAGAAACUUUAGCACUCUUAAACUAUGAUUAAUUACACUCAACUACCUUAAUGGUGCUUCUGGUAUGUUAAGAGCCAGGCAGUACUUUACACACUGCGCAUACUAUAUUCAGACUUGAAGCAAAGUUUGAAGAAUGAACAUUCAGAAAGAUCAGGGUUGGAGAACGUGAAGUAGUAAGAACUGAUAAAAGUUGCUCAUCCCUUGAAUGUCUUACUUUUAACCUUCUACAUUUUGCAAAAUUUGCUGCUCAUCUAUCCAAGCAAUUUAUUAUCUAAGUUUGUACACUUAUUUAUUUUCUACUGCAUUAGAAAGCAGUAGUAUUUGUAUUUUUCUGCAUUGUUGUUUCCAGGAUUUAAGCAAAUUUCCUUACACCUGUAUCAGGAAAUAAGGGAAACUGUAAAUUGUAUAUUCCUGAACUGCCAUGUUCAAAAUAAACAUUUAUGAUUGUAUAUAUCAAUAUAUCUUGCCCCACACACUGAAACGAUGGUGACCUCAAUUUUUGUCUUCAAAUUUCCUGUGCACUAAGUAUUUAUCAGAUACACCAUAAGAAAGGUUGAGAGAUUUCUCUAUCAAUCAUGCUUUGCAUAGCUGGGAGUGAAGAAAUUUGUACAAUGUAAUAAAUUAAAGAAAUUUCAUAUAUAUGAUUGUAUGCAACCCUUUAUGCUGUCUGUCACAUUUUAAGAGUUUUUUUCCCAAUGUGACAGUCAUGUACAGCUGUAGAUUAUUGACUAUUGAAUGAGAGACAGCAAUUUUCCUCUUGGUUCUCACUCACUACAUUAAAUUUUCUACUGUCAAGUAGCUAAGCAACUUAAAUAUUUAAUUUGCUUCAUUUGGAGGUACACUAGCUGCCCUGUGAAGCUGUUGCUUCCAUGCUUAAUUCUCAACUAUUCCAGCCUGCUGCAUAACAUUUUCCCAUAUUUCUCUCUCAUUGAUCUUGCCAAACUCUUUCCACUGCUGCAUUGUCAAAAAUGUAAUAGUGUGUAGGCAUUUAAUUUAAUGGUAAUUCCUUCCCUAUGUAAACAAGCAAAAUGGCUUAAAUGGGAUCUAAACAAA